CGGCGGGAGCGGCGCCCGGAGCCGGCGGGCGCAGAGCGAGCCCGGACUCGGGAGCCGGCGGCGGCGCUGCGGCCCGGAGGGAGCAGGCGAGAGCUGUGCGGCCGGGGGAUCCCCGGGCCAGCCCAGCCGGCUCUGCAGCGGCCACCUUCUGGCCGACACUCGGGCCCCUGCAGGCGGCGUCGCAGAUUUCUGCUUGGCUGAUUAACCAAAGGCGGGAAGGGCUGAUCUGUCAACAUUCUGAGAGCUGCCCUCUGCAAGACCCCCAUAACAGACCCCAGGCCCAAAUCUACCGUACUACUGUACGCUCACCCCACCCCAGGCAUUACUCUGGGGUCUGCCUGAGGCCAGCAAGUGUGAAGAUGACCAGCGCCUUCUUAGCAUGACGACCUUGGACCAUGUGAUCGCUACCCACCAGUCGGAGUGGGUCUCCUUCAAUGAGGAGCCACUCUUUCCUGUCUCUUCUGAGGGGGCCACUGAAGAGCACCUUCCAGGACUGUCUUCCUCAGAUCAGUCCGAGAGCUCCUCUGGGGAGAACCACGUGGUGGAUGGAGGCUCUCAGGACUCCUCUGAGAAGAUGGGCCUCAUCUCUGAAGCAGCCUCCCCUCCUGGGAGUCCUGAGCAGCCCGCGCCAGACCUGGCCUCCGCCAUCAGCAACUGGGUUCAAUUUGAAGAUGACACACCCUGGGCCAGCACGUCACCACCUCAUAAAGAAACAGCCCUACCUUUGACUAUGCCCUGCUGGAUGUGCCCUUCCUUCAACUCCUUGGGGAGAUGCCCUCUGACCUCCGAGAGCAGCUGGACCACACAUUCUGAAGACACCAGUAGUCCCAGUUUUGGCCCCUCAUACACGGACCUGCAGCUCAUCCAUGCUGAGGAGCAGAUGAGUGGCAGGGCUUCUGGGGCUGACUCGACUGACGAGAGGACGGAGUGGCAGACAGGCAGGCAGACGGCGGUGAGUCCUGUUCAAGCAUGCACGGAGCAUACCUCCACCCGCACCCACAUCCCGGACCCCUCGCCACCCUCGCCUCACCCCAGGAGGAGCCAGAGCCCCGGCAAGGGUCUGGAGGGGGCCUCCUCCCCCAAUGACAAUUCUUCCUCACUCCAGGAAGAUGAAGAGGUAGAGAUGGAGGCCAUCAACUGGGAGGCCAGCAGUCCAGCCAUGAAUGGACACCCUGCCACUCCAGUGACCUCUGCUCGUUUCCCCAGCUGGGUCACAUUUGAUGACAAUGAAGUCAGCUGCCCUUUGCCACCAAUCGCCUCUCCUCUGAAGCCGAGUACACCACCCAUUGCAUCUGUGACCCCAGAUGCACCUUAUAAUUCAACUGGGUCAUUUAAGAAGAGGGAACGUCCCAAGAGCACUCUGAUGAACCUCUCCAAAGUUCAGAAGCUGGACAUUUCCUCCUUAAACCACCCGCCUUCCAGAAGCGAGGCUCCACCUUGGAGGGCAACUAAUCCUUUUCUCAAUGAGACUCUACAGGAUGUGCAGCCCUCACCUAUCAACCCUUUCAGCGCUUUCUUUGAAGAGCAGGAGAGGCGCUCCCAAAACAGUUCCAUUUCCGGUACCACAGGCAAAAGCCAAAGAGAUUCCCUCGUUGUUGUCUACCAGGAUGCCAUCAGUUUUGAUGAUUCAAGCAAAAACCAGUCACACUCUGAUGCCGUUGAAAAACUCAAAAAACUCCAAAUUGAUGAUCCUGAUCGCUUAGGCAAUGCAGCACUACCUGAUGAUGACCCAAUAGCCUGGAUUGAGCUAGAUGACCACCUGCCUGGUUCAGCACUGUCCCAGCCCAGAGAUGGAUGGCCAAUGAUGCUGAGGAUCCCUGAGAAGAAAAACAUCAUGUCCUCCAGGCACUGGGGACCCAUAUACAUCAAACUGACAGACAGUGGUUACCUGCAGCUGUAUUAUGAGCAAGGCCUAGAAAAACCAUUCCGUGAGUUCAAGCUGGAGAUCUGCCAUGAGAUUUCGGAACCCCGGCUCCAAAACUAUGAUGAGAAUGGCAGGAUCCACAGCUUGCGGAUAGACCGUGUCACGUACAAGGAGAAGAAGAAAUACCAGCCUAAACCUGCUGUGGCCCACAUAGCAGAGAGGGAACAAGUGAUUAAGCUGGGCACCACCAAUUACGAUGACUUCCUGAGUUUCAUCCGUGCAGUUCAGGACCAUCUCAUGGAUCUGCCAGUGUUGUCAAUGGACUUGAGCACAGUUGGCUUGAACUACCUUGAAGAGGAGAUUACAGUGGAUGUCAGAGAUGAAUUCUCUGCCAUUGUGAGCAAAGGAGACAAUCAGAUUCUCCAGCACCAUGUCUUGACACGGAUCCACAUUCUGAGUUUCCUCUCUGGGCUUGCUGAGUGCCGCUUGGGCCUCAAUGAUGUCCUUGUCAAAGGGAAUGAAAUAGUUUCCCGGCAAGACAUCAUGCCUACCACCACCGCAAAGUGGAUCAAGCUCCAUGAGUGCCAUUUUCAUGGGUGUGUGGAUGAGGAUGUAUUCAACAGCUCACGGGUUAUUCUGUUCAACCCUUUGGACGCAUGCCGAUUCGAGCUAAUGCGGUUCAGGACAGUGUUUGCUGAGAAGACCUUGCCUUUCACACUCAGGACGGCAGCAAGCAUCAAUGGGGCAGAGGUGGAGGUGCAGAGCUGGCUUAGGAUGUCAACCGGCUUCUCCUCUAACCGUGACCCUCUCACUCAGGUUCCCUGUGAGAAUGUGAUGGUUCGUUAUCCUGUGCCCAGUGAGUGGGUGAAAAACUUCCGCAGGGAAAGUGUCCUGGGGGAAAAGUCCUUGAAAGCCAAAGUGAACCGGGGGGCAAGUUUUGGCUCAACUAGUGUAUCUGGCUCUGAGCCUGUCAUGAGAGUAACUCUGGGAACUGCCAAGUAUGAGCAUGCCUUCAACUCCAUUGUGUGGAGGAUAAACCGACUGCCUGACAAAAACUCAGCUUCUGGUCAUCCACACUGUUUCUUCUGCCACCUUGAACUUGGCUCUGACCGGGAAGUGCCUUCCAGAUUUGCCAAUCACGUGAAUGUCGAGUUCAGCAUGCCCACAACUUCUGCCUCCAAAGCUGCUGUACGAUCCAUCUCCGUGGAAGACAAGACCGAUGUCAGGAAGUGGGUCAAUUAUUCCGCACACUACAGCUACAAGGUGGAAAUUGAGCAAAAAAAGAGUUUGAAGCCAGACUUUGAAGGAGAUGAACUGGAAAAUCCCAAGGAGUGUGGGGUCCAGUGACGAAGCCCUACUGCAGGGGGCCCUGACCCCAGAAUCAUGAGAGGAUGUCUUUCUGAACAGCGGAAGCUCACGUCAGUGCCUACCAUGGCUACUCCGUGUUGGGAGCAGUGUGUUAGGCCUUCCUGUUUGUAGUUCCCUGUAUUUUAACAGGAAACCCUGAGGUGGUUGCUUUGGAGGCACUGCAAUCAUGCCCGAAGCACCUGGUUCACCUGACUUUUGGAGCUCAUUGGAUAAUUAAGCCUUCUCUGCACUCUGCUUAUCUGACAGCACUUGCGUGUGGUUUGUUGUGACCGUCAGAGUCAGGAAAAGAACCUCCCACAUGAGUGUUGGCACAAUUUCCUGCUGAUGUUAUCUGUCACUUACAUGAUUUUCUGGAAAACACAGUCUUGAGAAGUUAAUUAAGUAAGAAUCCAUCUCUGCCACUCCCUCUAGAGAAGGUACAGAGUUCCUCUUUGGGUCCACUAGGCCUUUUGUAGGUGUCUCCAUUCUUUAAACAUUAACACUAUGCAACAGAAGUUUUCAACUUCUUCCAGUUCUAGAUUGUUUUGAUUGAAACACUUUUUCCGUCUCUCUAAGGUUUCAGCCUCAGGGUUCGCCACCCUGAACCACAAUAGACAAAGGAAAAAAGGCACAGUAGGAUACUUUGGAUUCUGCAUUAGCCCCACUGUAUGCAAAGGGUGACUGUUGAAGGGAAAGCAAAGUUGAGCUUAUUUUUCUUCAUUCUGGGAAAAGGGACCUUAACUGUGAGAUUAUAUUCAAUUCAGGAGACAGCUUCAGUCUUAGUGAAUUCCCAAAUUCACACUGAAAAAUAUUGGCCAUUUCUGAUUCAUGAAACAAACUUAUUAUAUAUAUAUAUAUAUUAUACCUCAGGCAUUUGCCAGGGGCAUUUGGAAGCUCUUUUUAUACCUCCUAGUCAAUAGACAGUUGCAUGUCUCUCUAACUCAAACUUUACAAGAAAUAUAAGCUAAAAAGAUCAUUUUAAAAGCUGUUCCAAAACUAAACUUGUAUGAGCUUUUCCCCAAAAUUCAGAGUUUGGUAAUCAUAGUUUUAUAAUAGAUCUAAAAGACAGAUGAUUCUGGGGUAGGGAUGGGAGAAAGCCAUAUUUUUCUAAUAUUGGGAACACUGACUCCUGAUACCAGGGUUAGGGUCACUCAACCUUCUUUCCCUUCAUCGUUCCUGCUCACAUUCUGUACCUCUGCUUCUUAUUUGUACUUUGGUGUUUUUUGCUUUUUUUUUUUUUUUACCAUACAAGGAGCUACAUUGGCUGUUCCAAAGGGGAUACCUGCUCAGCAAUUUAAAGGCAGCUUCUAUCUGCCUUUCUAUUUCUCCCAUGAAGAACAGACUAAGGGGACAGAAAGCAAGCUUAUCAGAUUUAUAAAUUACACACAAACAGACAGUAUAUCCAGUCUGUUGACUGGCAGAUUCAGGAUUAGUUUAUUCAAUGAGUAAUCAUUGAAUUCUAACCAUAUACUGACUCUAGGAUAUAGAAAUCAUUACAAUUUUUUGAAAUACCUGAACAUAAGACUGAAACUAAAAGGAUGAAAUUGCAUAGGCAUUAAUGGGAAACUCUAUAUUCUGAAUUUCUUAAAUGCAACCCUCUAUGUACAGAGUGAGAUACCUGUGUGUGUGUUUGUGGAUGUAUGUGUUUAGGUGUGUGUGCUGAUGGGAAGGGGGUUGGAAAGUCCUGGUUUCACAGCAGUUCAUGUGGAAAUGUUUUGUUAGGGAAAUACGAGUUUGAUUUUGAAUCAGGAGUCUAUUGUGGCUAUUCACAAGGCUAAUGCAUUCAACCUGUGCUAAUAGAAGUCCAGGGAGCCCUGCAUGCUGCAUUGGUCAGUCCACAUCUGGAUGGAGGAUUAGCCUCAACUUUGGGUACCAUGUUUUAAGAGAGACAUUAAUAAAUUGUAUCCAGAGGCAGGUGGCCAGGAUCGUGAAGGAUCUCAUUAUAUAAGGAACAGGAGAAUAGUUCCCCUGAAGAACAGAAGGUAUAGCUGGAAAGGGAGUGUAAAAAAGGAGGGAAUGAUACAAUAGCUUCCUUGGAAUUUCUGUUGAGCUAUAAAAAGGGAGAAGAAUUAGACUUAUUCUGUGUAGCUUCAAAGGGCAAAAAUAGGAACAAAGAGGAACCUUAUAGAUGACACAUGUUUGCUUCAAUAUAAGAAAGAAUUUUCUGGUAAGAGUUGUUCUAAAGAGGAAUAGACUCAAGUGGUAAAAUUUUCUUUUACUGUAAAUGCCCAAAGGUUCAAAUAACCAUCCAUGCCAGAUGCUAUGAAAGGGACUCUGACAUUGAAUUUGGACUGGAUGACUACUAAGAUUCCCUUCUACGUGUAGGUUUAGUCUCAAUAGUAAUAGGACUUUCUAACUUUGGUUGUUUUUUUCUUUGCUGAGUGGUUUCUCAUGCUCUGAAAUUCAGUGGGCUCCCCCAGAGGACUUUGUCAAGUGAGGAAGGCAUAGCUCUUCCUCUGUUGCACUGAAGGCACAUGAGAUUCCUCAUGGAGACGUCAAAUGGGUUGAUGUUGGCGAGGGGAAAGUUAUUCUGGCACUUUCCUUACCCAAGGUUAGCACCUGCGCACUCUCUCAAGAUCUCUGCCCCACCUGCUAGCACCACAUGUGUGUUGCUUGUUGGGCUUCCCCUGCCCCUUCAUUAAUGUUCAUUGCCUUCAUGCUUUCAGCUGGACAUUUUGUUGUUGCUGUUAUAAACCAAGGGCUUGGAAAAUCCCUUCCAUGCUAUCUAUGUUCAGCAAGCAAUUAUUAUUAAUGCUUUUCUUUUGUUUUUUUUGAGGAAGAUUAACCCUGAGCUAACAUCUGCCACCAAUCCUCCUCUUUUUGCUGAGGACGACUGGCCCUGA